AUGGUCGUCGAUUCUUCAAUUUGUACACUGCGACCAGGAAUCACCACCAUCCCCAAAGCGACAUAUUUCAUCUUCAUAAUUUCUGGAUUCGGAGUAACCGCUGGGGCCCAUCGCCUUUGGACCCACCGAGCAUUUAAAGCCAACACAAGGUUGAAAGUUAUACUAUUGGUUUUACAUUCGAUGAGUGGAAUGAAUUCGGUGAUAGAUUGGGUGCGCGAUCACAGGGUUCACCACAAAUAUUCGGACAGCAACGCUGACCCGCAUAACAUAAAUAGAGGGUUGUUUUUUUCCCACGUUGGUUGGAUCUGCAUGAAAAAACACCCCGACGUGAUCGAAAAAGGGCGUCAAAUCGACAUCAGUGACCUAACAGAUGAUCCAAUGAUUAGGUUUCACACAAAAUAUUACGGGUUGUUUAAGAUGUUCUUUUGCUUUGUGUUUCCCUCAAUGAUUCCACCAUUACUUUGGGGUGAACCAUGGAUGGUCUCCAUUCUGGCAAAUUCAUUUGUUAAAUACGUUGCUCUGUUAAACGCGAUUUGGACUGUAAAUAGUUUAGCACAUUACUAUGGAAACAAGCCAUACGAUAAAAACCUAAAACCGACGCAGAAUUUAUUUGUGUCACUUGUGACAAAGGGCGAGGGUUACCACAACUUUCACCACGCUUUCCCUUGGGACUACAGAUCAUCAGAAUUUUUGCAUAUGUUCCAUAUCACGACAAUUGGUAUUAAACUCUUUAAUAAACUGGGUUGGGCAUACGAUUUGAAAACUGUUUCGCCUGAGGUACUUCAGAAAACUAUUGAACGGUGUGGCGAUGGCACCCACGAACUAAUUCAAUAUAUGGAAUCAAAUAUUCCAACCGGCACCCGCGUCACCGCGAGGUCCCCCUCGGCAGAUGGCGGGGACGCGGUGAUGCGGUAA